AUGUUGAAUACUCAUAAAACAAAUGCAAGUAAGGCAUAUGCAAUAUUGGCUUUUGACAACUUGAGAAGCAAUCACUUAAAAGUACCAAGGCAUAUUAAUCUAGUAAUUCCAUGCCCUGGAAAAUUGUGCAACCCUGAUGUGACGUAUGAAUGGAUGUGUCUUUAUUGUAAAAAUUAUAUUAAGUAUGGGUUUAAUGAUAAAUUGUAUUGUUUAUGUGGCAGUGGUGAUGCUAAUACUUGCAAAUUCAAAUGCAUUGAUGAACAACACGGAGGUUCAUUUGAUUCAUUUGAGGAUAAAAACUAUUUUAAUUACCUUGUUUCACAACUUAAACCUCUAAAAGAAAAGAAUAUAUUAAUCCUUGGUGAAACAGGGGUAGGAAAAUCUACCUGGAUUAAUGCAUUUUUGAAUUAUUUGUCAUUCUCCAGCCUUGACGAAGCUAAAAGUAAUGAUUUGCUAUCUUUAAUUCCGUCACAGUUUUCAUUGUAUGAUGAAAACUAUAUUGAAGUGAAAAUAACUACUGGGACCGACGUUAAUGAAGCACAAGUAAUAGGACAAUCAGCAACACAAAAAACAAAGAUUUACUCGUUUAUGAUUGGAGAUACUAAAAUAAGACUGAUUGACACACCUGGCGUUGGUGAUACUAGAGGAAUUGAACAGGAUAAACUGAAUUUUGAGGACAUACUUUCAACUUUGUCUUAUUUAGAUAAACUUCAUGGAAUUUGUAUUUUGUUAAAACCAAGUGAAUCAAGAUUAAGUGUUAUGUUUGAGUUCUGCAUUAAGGAGCUCUUAUAUUAUUUACAUAAGGAUGCUUGCAGAAAUAUUGUAUUUUGCUUUACAAACACUCGUCAAAACUUUUACCAACCUGGAGGUACAGUAAAUAUGUUAAAAGAACUUCUUCAUAAAAAUAAACUUGUUGAUAUCCCAAUAUGCAAAAAAACUAUGUAUUGCUUUGAUAGCGAAUCAUACCGAUAUCUUGCAGCUGUCAAAAGCAAAACAGAAUCAUUACUUUUUUUAGAGAACUUAUUUAACAAUUAUGCAGAAAGUUGGGAACACUCCGUAUCUGAAACUAAAAGGUUAUUACAGCAUAUCACUGGAUUAAAAGCACAUAAAUUAAACAAUACUCUUAGUCUUAAUGCUGCUCGUGUUGUUAUUCAACAACUUACACGUCCUUUGACUGAAAUAAGUAAAAAUAUGCAAGGAAACAAAGAAAUUCUGAAAAACAAUAUAGCAAAUCUUGAUAUGGUUGAGUUGUACAAUGAAAACGGUCUCAUGCAAAUUCAUUAUAGCACUGUCUGUCAUAACAAUUGCACUAUUAGAAGUGUUAACCACGAUACAGUUGGAGAUAAUAAAAUUUUAGGUUGCUCUGCAUUUAACGUUACCAUAGUUGAUGCAAUUGCAAAUACUGUAAACUAUGUUUUCAACAUAAGAUUGCCAUUUACUGGAUUAUGUCGACAAUGUAAUCACAGCUAUAAGGAACAUAUGCAUAUUUACUAUGAGUCUAAAGAAGUUUUAAAAAUUAUUGAAAGACUGGAAGUUGUUGAAAUGCUAAAAAGCAAAUUAUCAGAAUUGGAAAAAAAAGAAAUGGAAAAAUCUAACAAUUUGGAAAGCAGUGGUGAUACUAACGUUGUUAAUGUUUCUGAAAUUCAAUCUAGAAUAGAUAAGCUGUACAAUUUAAAGCACUCAGGGGAGUAUCUUCAGAAAUCUAGACUUAUUACAAGUUGUACUCAUAAACUUUCUGCAAAUAAUCAAGAAAUUCCCGCUGAGCUGGUUGUAAAUGAAAACAGAAGUCGAUUUAAGAGACUAACUGACUGGACCGGAGAGAAAAUAAAACAAUUUAUACCGGCUAUACGUUACUAA